AUGCAGUUCAAGGCUCUGAUUGCUUCGGCCUUCCUGGCUACGGCCAGCGCCUCCUGGUCAUUCAACACCACCCGCCUCUGCGGUACUCCCGAGCCCACUCAGCAGCAGAUGCGCGAGUCUCUUGCCAUGCUUGAGAUCGAGCGUAUUGCCCUCGCCAAGGGUCAUGUCAAGCGUCAAACUAGUAUCAACGUCAAGACCUACUUCCAUGUCGUUGCCUCGUCCAACUCCCUCAGCGGUGGCUACCUUACACAAGCCAUGUUGAACGACCAACUUUCGGUCAUGAACAACGCUUACGGUCCCCACGGCAUUAGCUUCAGCCUUGUCGGCAGUGACUGGACCGUUAACGCCAACUGGGCUGCCGAUGGCAAUGAGCAGGCCAUGAAGAAGGCUCUCCGAAAGGGUACAUACUCUGACCUCAACAUCUACUUCCUUGGCAACCUUGGAGGUGGUCUCCUCGGAUACUGCUAUUUCCCCACAUCCAGCCACUCCACCGGCUCAACCAACUUCAUCCUCGAUGGCUGCACCAUUCUCGGCCAGUCCGUUCCCGGUGGUAACGCCGCUCCCUACAACUUGGGAGGCACUGCCACCCACGAGAUUGGUCACUGGAUGAACCUCUACCACACCUUCCAGGGUGGUUGCGCCGCUCCCGGCGACUCUGUCGACGACACUCCGCCCGAGGCGUCGGCUGCUUCUGGCUGCCCUACCGGCCGUGACACCUGCAGCGGUGGCGGCCCUGACCCCAUCCACAACUACAUGGACUACACCGAUGAUGCAUGCUACACCGAGUUCACCUCCGGCCAGCAGGCCCGCAUGUACAGCGCCUGGUCCGCUUACCGUAGUUAA